CGCCACUGUGCGCCUGAUUAUUUUUACGCCGUCGAGUCUGGCGGUGAAAUCCAGGUCAUCUCCGCCGGAUCAGCAGCCAACACGGCUCAGGCUUCUGCUCUCCGCGGACUCAUAGUGCCAUUUCCUGAUUCCACUUUGCAGAGUGAGCUUGCGGUCUGAAGGAUGAGGUGGGGCGCAUUGAUUAGCAUGCUGCUACGCUGAGAAGAGUUUAUCCACCCAGGACGAGCGGCAGCAACUACACGUUCCCUUCCUGAAUCAGCUAUCAGACACCUGCUCUGAAUCAAGUACCUGUCUGGAUCUUUCCCUCGGUCGCUCACACACAGCUAUGGCUGGCUGGCUCUGGCUGGGAGGGUAAUCGGUGCGCUGGUUGCCCUGGCAACCCCACCCUGAUUCCUGCUGAAUAGAGCCCUAGUCUGUCACUGAAGACUUUUUAGCCCCCCUCCACCUUUCUUCUGAGUUUACUUGCCCUUUCGUGGAGGUAGAGGGCAGCGGCCGGAGCAGGAGCCAUGGACUUAUGAGGUGAGAAUGGCAGCACGGCGGCUGUUCGGCCCCCAGGAGCCCUCAGGCAAUCGGAGCCAAUAACGUGGGUCCACGCACACACAUACGGGCCGAGCGGCAGGAGCAGUAUGCAGGAGGCUGACCUACCGGCCACCAAUGCUUUCACAGAGUGCAGAUUCCUGUGCACUAACGGCAGAUGUCUGAACCUGGGCUCGCAGGUCUGUGAUCAGCUCAACCACUGUGGAGACAACAGUGAUGAGGAGCACUGCCCCAUCUCCACCCAGCAUCCUGCAUCUGCCAUCUUCAGCUCUGAACUGGAGUUUGUGCAGAUCGUGAUCAUAAUCGUCGUGAUGACUGUGAUGGUCGUGGUGGUCGUGUGCCUGCUCAACCACUACAAACUCACCACGUGGUCGUUCCUGAGCCGGGCUAGUCAGGCACAGAGUCAGGAUCUCUCUCUGCAGCCGGAGGGUUCUCUGUGGCCAUCAGAUAAUGGGCUGAGACAAGGAGCAUCUGAGGUGGUGUAUGCUCCUCAGCCAAGGGACCGUUUCACCGCUCCCACUUUCAUGCAGCACAACCGCUUCAGACGUUUCCAGCCUACCUACCCGUACCUGCAGCACGAGAUCGAUCUGCCGCCCACCAUCUCGCUGUCAGACGGAGAGGAGCCGCCGCCGUACCAGGGCCCCUGCACGUUGCAGCUGAGAGACCCCGAACAGCAGCUGGAGCUCAACCGAGAGUCGGUACGCGCCCCGCCUAACCGGACCAUCUUCGACAGCGACCUCAUUGACAUGCACAGUUCAGGUGGUGGCGGCGGGCCGCGGCCUCCCAGCAGCAACUCUGGGAUCAGCGCGGCAAGCUCCAGUACCCACGGACGCAUGGAGGGCCCUCCGCCCGCUUACAGUCAAGUAAUCGGGCAGCAGUCGGGCAUCGUACUUUACCUCCACCAGCACAGCAAUAACCCGCCCAUCCCCGUCACUGUGCAGACUCCGCCCAGGGGCCGGACAGAUUCAAACAGCCCAGAGAGCACAAUAGCACUGAGCAAAGACAGACAGAGGGAGGAGCUAGUGUGAGGGGGCGGGGCUAGCACACAAUUGGGCGAUAGCGAUCACUCUCCACCUAUAAAGGGAACGGGUUCUCCCUCUUGACACUCCCGUGCACAACAGCGCUUAAUGCGUCUUCGCGACUAAAGCGAAGCCGUGUUUGUUUUUUAACAAAAAAAAAACAAUUUGGAGCUGAGCUUGCGAAAGAAAACAUUUCGUUUGUUUUCUGUCAGACCAGCUGCGCUAAAACUGGGGUUUAUGCACUGCCUGGAGUCUCCCACCUUUAUUGCUCUGUAUUACUUCUGUAUAGCCGACAAAUUUAGAGAAAGUUAUUCGCGCACAAGACAGGCUUUUUGUUGUUGUUGUUCUUGUUGGUUUCAUCGUUGUAUUUCUCCUGAAUGCCCCCCUCCUACCCAACCCACACGUGAUAUACUAGCUGUGUGGAUAGAAAAUGUUUUUCUUUCUUUUUAAUUUUAAUUUAAAGACCGAGAUCUGUGCAGCAUGAACAAAACAAAUGCGAAAAAGGGUGAAAAUCCAAAUCCUAGUGCCAAGGUUUAUGCGGAAGGUGUCAUGGGGCGUCGACUGUCUUAAAGACUUGUUAUACAUUUAAAUCAAAACCCUUUUCUGAACUUUGCACUAUUGUUGAGGUUAAUCAGAGAAAUUUGGGAAUGGGGUAGCGGGGAGGGCGGGUGAUAUAUGUGUUUACUGUUUGUACUGUCGUUUUCGUGUCGUUCCGAUCAUACGCUUCAGUGCGAGCUUUCCACCGGAGGGAAGUGAUCUUGUCUGUCUUCAGCACAAGAAAAAUCUCUGAUCCAGCCUAAAAUAACCUUGAUCUAAAAGAGGCACAGAAUACAGAGAGUCUGCUCUACUGUCAUCUAUCCUCACCGCUGACACGUUCAGCCGCUUUCACACACUCCAGCUGAUCUGAGGUCAGUUGGCUGGUGGCACGGUUGACUUUUGGCUAAAAAAAAAAAACUCACUUCACUAAGAGAUCCGAACAGGUUUGACAUGUAAAGAGAUUCUUGCUUUUUCUACAGAGUUCUCCAACCUUACUCUCAUCAUCUUUUUUUUAUCAUUAUUGUUAGUAUUAUAAAUUAAUUUUAAAAUGUAAUUAUUUAUAAUAUAAGACUUGCAUGGCUUAAUACAACAUAAACAAUGUCUUUCACUGAAAUACGUAGUAGAAAACCCAUAAAAGAUUUACAUUAUUAUUAGGGCUGCCCUCGACUAAAGAUUUUUCUGGUUGAAUACCUUUAGUCGUACGUUUAUUAAUAAACUGUAUAAAUCAUAAUAAUGAGCCUUAAUGAAAUAAUAAUGAAUAAUGAAAAUUAUGAAUGUGUCCGGAAAAAACAGCAAGGAGACUGCAUUAACUUUUUAAUAAUUUAUUGAUAAACUAGCGCUUUCUUUGUUUUCAUUUUAAGAGAUGAAAUCGACGACACUGACUCGACAUCUCCACAGUAGUGGAUGCACGUUUCAUACAGAUUACACAUCUGACAAUGUUUUCUAUUUGAAUUGGUUCAUCUGAAAGUAGACACUUCACUCUCUAUAGAUAUAUUUUUCAUGUCUGUAAGGCAAGUAUACGCAGAGUUUCGAACUUUCACAAUUAAGUAGAAAGUGCAUCGUUUGCUUUCAUUAUUUUACAAAAGUGCAACGUUUCGUUGUUAUUACGAAUACACACAAAUCUUUACAGUCUUUACAGAUUUGAAAAAUGUAUUACUUUCAUUUAUAUGACCAAAAAUGAAGUAUUUUAAGAGCAGGUGACCGCACUGGCGCCUCCAUCUGUCAUGCAGUGAGUGCGCUACAGACACUUGAAUAGCACACAUUUUUCUAGGUUAACAUUAGAUUGAGCGGCCAUGUAAAGUUGCUGCUACUACAUCUUUCAGAUGAAAAGCCAUAUUUGAGGUCGAUGAAUGAUAGUUGAGCGUCUGGAUGUCCUGCCCGAUGUAUAUUACCACAUAGACCAGCCACUUCCCGCUGAAUUUUUUUUUUUUUUUUUUCCUACGGAUAAGCUAUUAAUAAAAUUUUGAUCUACCAAGCCUCUUCUUGUCGGCUAAUGGUUAGUCGACUAUUGGGUCGACUAGUUAUUAUACAUAUUUUGGACUGUGGGGGGUGCCAUUAUUUCGACGACGUGAAAUGGUUGCACUCAUUGAGCUACUGGCGCUACAUGUUGCUAUUUUUACCACAACACAACUCAGAAAUUAAAAUACUGAUACAACGCCGCAUUGUGCGGCUUUUGGUUGUAAUGUUCAGUUGAAGGGCAACAAGAGAAGCGAUGUAAGUCUUCACUGCUUUUCCUAGCGAUAAGAAGAGGAGAAAAGAAAGGGAAUUUGCCUGUGGACGAAUAAAACUUCCUAAAAAAACAGCUUUUUUGUUCUCUUUACUUCAGCCCUGAUGCCUUUGAGGCUGUUAGUAGACCACAGCUAGUGAAGGAGCUUACAAAUGGCAGAGACAAGAAAUGCUAGAUGCCAUCCUGGCAGGAUGUAAACAUGCCGACGCUUGUCAUGACACUGCAGCCACUUGGAGGAGUUUCUCAGCAUGGAUUUCAGUCAAUAUCCAGGACUCUUACACUCCUUGUGAGGGAAAAAAAAAUCAGGUACACCAUUUGGUUUAAGCCUACGUUUAAAUAUCCAUCGCAACCUGUAAGCUCUUCCAGUAGCUGUGAUAUUUCAUUUUAGGAGUUGUGUUCCGGUUAAAAAUAGCAACA